UAGUUAAACUGUGGGGUGCGUGAUUCUUUCCCUCUUUGCUAAAACGACGAUAUGAUGUGAUGACGAUGGCUCGUAAAGUCCGAUCGAGAUUCCUCCUGUACGUAAUUCUCCUAUCGCUCAUCUUCUGCACCACCCUAUACCGCUGCUAUCUCCGCCGCCCCGCCGCCUUCGUCGUCGUCUCCUCUGCUUCCUCCGGCUCCCUCAAUUUUGCCAUCCGCGACAACCUCAAGGACGCCGUACUAGUUUCUCGCAAGGAAACUGCUCCUCUUCUUCGCAAGGCACCUAACCAAUCGCCGCAGCUUUCUGCCACAGCGGUUCUGCUACCUGAAUGGGAAGUCCUGUUAAUUGUCUCGCCGGAAACUACUCCUUCCAAUUUCGACGGUUAUUUAUGUUUAUUUCAGACCGAUGAGAUUUCCCCUGCUAGAUUCUCUGGUUUCCUACCGUUUCCCAAUCGAGCAACAUUUGGCUGCCUUAUGCCCGCUAGGUUUCGCCGGAGGCGCCCUCCGUGGAGGCAACCGGUGUUAUUGAAGUCUUCAGAGAGAAAAUCACCACCACCACCGCCGCCGCCGCCGCCGCCGUUGCUAUUGAGGUGGUCCUAUCUGGUGUACGAUUCACUGACGACAGACAACGACGUCGUCUUAUUUGCGAAAGGUGUGAACCAUCGCCAAGGAAUCAACCGCUCGCCGAGCGAAUUCCGGUGUGUAUUCAGAGACAACGCCGGCAACAGCGUCAGAACGGUGGUCACCUCCUCGACGCAGGAAGUCUUCCGCUGCAAACCGCCAGAUCCAUCUGCCAUUAGUGGAGAAGUGAUGCUCUCAUUGGUGAUCGUCGCCGAGAACCACGUGGUCCCAUCUAUAGCUUACUACACACGCCCGCGCACGAUAGCACCAACCAACUCGAAGUCUCUACUGUGCGCCACCACCAUGGUUUACAACGUGACCAAGUAUCUCAAGGAAUGGAUUCUUUACCACUCCAAAAUCGGUGUCGACAAAUUCCUUCUGUACGACAACGGCAGCGACGACGAUCUCGAAGCCGCCGUGCGCGAUCUCGUCGGAAAAGGCUUCGAUGUCAACACCUACCCAUGGCGGUGGCCAAAAACACAGGAAUCUGGCUUCUCACACAGUGUACUGUACGCUAGAAAGGCUUGUACCUGGAUGAUGUACCUCGACGUCGACGAAUUCAUAUACUCUCCGUCGUGGAAAAACUUAAUCAAGCCUUCAAAAUCACUUCUGCAGCGCGUAGUGAUCAAUUCCUCCAAAUCAACCGGACAGAUCACCGUCAGCUGCCACGAAUUCGGUCCGUCCGGUCAGUCUGUUCAUCCACCGGCAGGAGUCACACAAGGCUACAACUGCCGGCGCAAGUUGGAGAACAGGCACAAGUCGAUAGUGCUGCUACACGCGGUGGAUCAUUCACUGCUUAACGUGGUACACCAUUUCGAAUUGCAGGAUGGUUACAAAACGAGGAAGACGACCACAAAAACCAUGGCGGUGAAUCACUACAAGUACCAAGCGUGGCCGGAGUUCAAGUCCAAGUUCAGGAGGCGCGUGUCGGCUUACGUCCUCGACUGGACCCAAAAGUCCAACCCUUCCUCCAAGGACCGGACCCCCGGUUUAGGGUUCGAACCGGUCGAACCGCCGGGCUGGCCCCAGCAAUUCUGCGAGGUACGUGAUAACAAUUUGAAGGUAUUAGUCAGCAGAUGGUUCGGCUUCUUGGAAUCGGAUUCUAGAAGAAUCCGAAUGCCCUGGCAAGAAGAAGAAGAAGAUGAUGAAGAUGGGCAUUUUGAAAUUGGUGUUCGAACAAGGUCAGCCUCUGGUUCUAUCCAUGAUUUUUUUUAAUUUGAUAUAUUUUUUGGAUGAUCGAUUGAAAUUGAAAAUAUAAGAUAAUAUUCUUUAGAAUGUGUAUAAGCUUCAGUUUUGAUAUUUUUAUACAUAAUAC